AUUUCCCUCCUCACGCCAGAUGCGGUAGGCACCUCGGCUUUACGACAUCGCCAUCAGCGUCAUAUCACCUUCCGUCGAGUCAAUUCGCGUCUUCCGGCCACGGCUGGAAGCCGUCCAGCUUACGCUCGCAGGCACGAGGCAGCUGGCUCUGUGAGCCCUAGGAACGUUUCCAUCUCCAAAGACAGCAAUUCUGGCAGAGCUCAUCGGGCCAUGCCCGGUGUUGCCCCGCACUCUUAUCACAGCUACCCAAUGAAUCACAGGAUGAUGAUUGUUAAGUAGCAAUCACUUGCUUUAACCACUCUUUGAGAUGUGGCCAGCAGCAAAUACAUCGCAAGACAACAUGAUCGGAAAGACUAUUGAAGACUUACAUAUCGCCAUCGUUGGUAAGCUAUGUUUGUCUCCAAUAGCUCUCGCUGUCAGCUGACAGGCACAAGGCGCCGGAAUUGGUGGCCUGGCUCUUGCCAUGAGCUUGAACAAGAAAGGAGUUUCUUUCACCCUGUAUGAAGGUGCCAAAGAGUACUCAGUCGUUGGUGCGGGUAUAGGCUUCGCUCCCAAUGGAAUGAGAACAAUGGACCUAAUUGAGCCGGAGUUUCGUCCUCUGUAUGAGAAAAUCUGUGUCGGAAACAAGGGCGAAAACAAUCAACACAUCUUCUUCGAGGGCAUGCUCCUGGAGAAAGGCCUAGGUCAAAACCAGCCCUGGUUUGGCAAAUCAGCUUGGGGACAUCCUGACUUUGAUCGCAAAUCUGCACAUCGAAAAGAACUGCUGGAGAUCAUGACGAGCUUCAUUCCUAUCGAGAACGUCAAGUUCAACAAAUAUCUUGAAUCUAUCGAACAGCAUCCUGAUAGGGUCACCCUCAAGUUUACAGAUGGUGAGGUAGCUGAAGCGAGUGUUCUCGCUGGGGCAGAUGGUAUCAAGAGCAUCGUGCGGCAGCACGUCCUCAAACCCUAUUACCCUCAUGAAGCAGCGCCUGUAUACGCAGAUGCAUACUGCUAUCGCGCCGUCAUCCCGAUGUCUGAGGCCUACCCGAUUCUUGGUCAUCUUACCGACGUCGCAAAGUUCUACUUUGGCCACAAGAAAAGUGUCAUCACGUAUCGCAUCACUGGCGGCGAAGAGUUCAACUUCCUGUUCUGCGUAGCUGCUUCAGAGCCUUGGAAAUUGGAGAAGGCCGUGACUGAGAAGACCACACACGAAGCUAUGAUGGCCGACUUUGAAGGUGCGGAUGUAGACCCCCGUUUCCGUCAACUUCUUGCAAAAGCGCAACCUGUCAAAUGGGGCUUCUUUCACCACUGGCGUACAUCAACAUACUAUCGCGAUCGCGUUGUCCUAUUAGGCGACAGCGCUCAUGCCUCUCUACCAUUUCAAGCUGCCGGUGCUGCUCAAGGGCUGGAGGACGCACUAGUGUUGUCGAACGUGCUUGCGAAGCUCGCCGAAAUGCAAGAGACUCCCGCCAAAAUGACACCAUACAUCCAAGCAGGUCUCGACGCGUAUGACGCAGUGCGACGACCAAGAGCUCAAAAGCAACUGGAGCAGGCCGCUGAGGUUGGUCGCAUGAUCUUCUUCGAUCAUGAGGAGGUAGGCUCUGACAUGAACAAGAUUUUGCCGAAGCUCCAACAGGGCCGAUUUGACUGGCUGUGGUUCCACGACAUGAACGAAGACGUCAACAAGGCCCUUGAGUGGACGAAAAAGAAGAGUCAUGAGCGAUUGCAGGUAGCGAAUUGAUUCAUAGUCACGACAAGUAUGCACAUACGUUCUACAUCCGGC